AUGACGGAGCCCGCAGUCAGCGUGGAACAGUUCCCCGUGGAGGACUUGUUGAAUAUUCACCAAAUGAUAUAUUUGCCGAGCACUUUGGACUUGCUGGUGAACCAUUUGGAAAGGGGAAUUGCCGCGGGCGGGGCCUCUCCGGACUUGUGUUCUGCAGUGCUGCGCCUCUACCUGCUUUACCCCCAGUGCGCCAAUGCAGAAGUUGUACGCAAGAUCCUUGUGCAGACUAUAGUGGCUCUUCCGGAAAACCAGUUUGGCUACUACGCCUGCAUUGCGCCUUCUCACUUUCCAAACCCCGAAGACGAAAAGAAAGUCCAAGACGUCCUCACUCUCCAGGAGCUCCUCGAAAGCUGCGACUUCAAAGCGGCGUGGGCAAUGCUGCGGGAACCCGAAAUGGCCGACGUGCUGCACACGCCGGGAGUGGUGGAGGCGCUGCGGCGUUAUGUGUGCGAAGUGCUGCAGCAGACUUUUUCGACAAUUUCUCUGUCGGACUUUUGCCAGCUGCUGAACUUGAACGCAGCAGCAGCAGCAGCAGCAGCAGCAGCAGCAGCAGCCGACGACAAGGUCGAAAAGCUCGUCAAAGCCAGGGGAUGGACCAUCGAAGAUGCUGCUGCUGGCCAAAAGAUUGUCCGCAUUGUCCCCAGAGAAACAGAUGCCCCCAAAGCCCUCGCCACAAGAGCUUCUGUGGCUCACAAAACUGUUGAAAAGUAUUUAUCUGUCGAAGGCCUUCGCCAGUGCCUCGCGCUCCUCGAGAGCUAG